AUGCCUUCUGCUCGCGACACAUUGGCCGAGCUGAAGGCCCUCCGUGCCGCCGGCAAAAAACGUCUCUCAACCUACGAGAUCGAGGAACAAGGCGAUAUUUACGACGAAGUCGACGAUGAGGGAUACAAAAAAGUCAUUCGCAGUCGUCUUGAUGAGGAUGACUUUGUUAUCGACGACAACGGUGCUGGAUACGCCGAUGAUGGCCGAGAAGUCUGGAAUGAACGUACCGUGGAAUACGACAGCGACGACAGCGAUGAAUUGCCUGCGCGUGGCAAAGCUGCCAAAAGAAAACGCGAGGAGGAAAAACAACGGAAGGAGAAGAUCAAUAACGGUAUUUCUAAGUAUUUUAACAGCGGUAAUGCCGCUGCGGCGGCCCCGAAGCCGAAACCUGUUGCAACUGCCGAAGAUGACGCUUUCAUGAAAGAUCUCCUCGGCGAGGUUGACACCAACGUUGUGGCGAAUCACAUUCCUACCCAGAGCAUUGUCAAGUCCGAGGCUCGACGGAAAGUUCGCGUCCUUUCGCCCCCAUUAUCGCAGAAACGACGCCGAGAGAAGACACAAAUAAAGGAUGAGAAUGACAUACCGAGCUCGCCGAUGAAAGAUCAAGUACCUCUUCCCUCCGACGAUCUAGAUGACGAUCCACUUCCCCAGGUGGACGAUGACGACGUACACAUGAGCGAUCCCAUGCCGUCGUCUCCGAUCAGCAAAGCGGUGGAGCGCAAGACCAUAGUACCAAUAAUCAAGACCGAAUACUCGGAUGAAGAAGAUAUCGAUAUGAUGGAUGUUGCUGAAGCCACCGUCAGUUCCAACAUCAAGACAGCCAAUGUUAACAUGACUGGCAGUCGCCCCCCUCCGAAGCUCAAGAAAGAGAUCCUUCCAACACCUGCAAGCUCUUCCCCAGCCAAGGCUGCACCGGAGGUAAUGGAUGCUUCUUGGAAUGAUAUUCAAAGCAAAUUGAAUGUACUCAGCAGCCCCGCACCGGAAAUGCGUUCUUUCGGGAAACUGCGUGCCCAGGAUGUCGUUGAGGAAGAUGGCAGCCUCCGUAUGUUCUGGCUGGACUACACCGAAGUCAAUGGAAGUCUGUGUCUUUUUGGAAAAGUAAAGAACAAGCAGAAUGGCUCAUAUGCCAGUGCCUUCGUCAAAGUCGACAACGUCCUGCGAAAACUUUACUUCCUCCCUCGCGAGAACCGUCACCAGCAAGGCAGAGAGACCGAAGAAGAGGUUGAUAUGGAGGAUGUCUACCAGGAGGUGGAUGGACUCAUGUCUCGGAUGCGGGUUGGCAUGCACAAAAUUAAGCCUUGCACCCGGAAGUAUGCAUUUGAGUUGCCCGGUGUUCCGAAAGAGGCGGAAUAUCUGAAGCUGCUUUAUCCAUAUGACAAGCCUGCUUUGCCGAUGGAUAUCAAGGGAGAGACUUACUCCCACGUGUUUGGUACAAACACAUCCCUGUUCGAACAGUUUGUUCUGUGGAAAAACAUCAUGGGCCCUUGUUGGCUCAAGAUCGACGAAGCCGACUUCUCUGCUGUCAACAACGCAUCCUGGUGCAAGUUUGAAUGCCAAGCCUCCAAACCAGCUCUCAUUACCCCGGUGCCAGACUCGGAGAACUUGGAUACGCCACCAUUGACCCUCAUGAGCCUUUCCUUCCGAACCCAGUUGAAUGUCAAGGACAACAAGCAAGAAAUUCUCGUGGCUAGUGCUCGAGUCUAUGAAAAUGUUUCUCUGACGGACACAACCCCUCCGGAGAAGCUCCCCUGUAAAACCUUCACUGUCAUGCGUCCAGCUGGCUCCUCAUACCCAAUGCAUUUUGAGGCCGAAGCUCGGAAGCAAAGAGGCAUGGUCAUGCUGGAGAAAAGCGAGCAAUUCUUGCUUAGCAAGUUUUUGGCCUUGUUUGAGAAGAUGGACCCCGAUGUGAUCAUGGGUCACCAUCUCCAAGAUGUCGACCUGGGCAUUCUUCUCAGUCGCAUGCGAGAAAAGAAAACCCCGGGAUGGCAUCGCAUUGGUCGUCUCCGACGUGGUGAGUGGCCGAAGCUCGGUAAAGGAGGCAGUUUUUUCGCCGAAAGACAACUUAUUGCCGGACGAUUGCUGUGUGAUAUUGGUAACGACAUGGGCAAGUCUUUGAUGAUGAAAUGUCAAUCGUGGAGUUUGACCGAAAUGUGCCAACUUUAUCUCGGUGAAGGUAACGCCCGGCAGGAUUUGGACGUCGAGGCAGCCUUGAAGACCUGGGCCACAACCAAGGAAGGUCUCAUGAAUUUUGUUAGUCACUGCGACACGGAUACCUAUUUCAUCGCCGCAUUAGUGCUGCGCCUACAGAUGUUGCCGCUCACCAAAGUGCUCACCAACAUUGCUGGUAACUCCUGGGCACGUACCCUCAGCGGAACUCGUGCAGAGCGCAACGAGUAUAUUCUGCUUCACGAGUUCCACAGAAACAAGUACAUCUGUCCCGAUAAGUACUCCUCGCGCAUGCAAAAGGCGGAGGAGAAGAUGCAUGAUGGAGAUGAUGAUGAUACAGCCGACAAGAAGAAGAAGGAUAAGUAUAAGGGUGGUCUCGUCUUCGAGCCUGAGAAAGGUCUGUAUGACAGAUUCAUCCUUGUCAUGGACUUCAAUAGUCUGUAUCCUAGUAUUAUCCAGGAGUACAAUAUUUGUUUCACAACAGUUAACCGACAAUCAACGUCUGAGAAUGAAAACGAAGAAAAAGUACCCGAAAUUCCUUCCUCGGACCAAGAGCAAGGUGUUCUUCCCCGGCUUAUUGCGACCUUGGUCGGUCGUCGACGAGAGGUCAAGAAGUUGAUGAAGGAUAAGCGGGCUACCCCUGAGCAGCUUGCUCUAUGGGACACAAAGCAACUUGCGUUUAAGCUUACUGCCAACUCAAUGUACGGAUGUUUAGGAUACACCCAAAGUCGCUUCUACGCUCGUCCUCUUGCCAUGCUCACAACCUUCAAAGGACGUGAGAUCCUUAGGAGCACCAAGGAUUUGGCAGAGAGCAAGCAGCUGCGCGUCAUCUACGGUGAUACUGAUUCCGUCAUGAUCAACACCAACAUGGAUACCAUGAGCGAAGCGCUCAAGGUUGGAGAAGAAUUCAAGAAGUCAGUCAACGAACGGUAUCGGCUCUUGGAGAUUGAUAUCGAUAAUGUUUUCCGCCGGCUUCUGUUGCAUGCGAAGAAGAAGUAUGCCGCCGUGAAUCUGACCGAGGUUGACGGCAAGUAUGUUGAGAAGCUGGAAGUCAAGGGUUUGGACAUGAAGCGUCGUGAAUAUUGUGCGCUCUCAAAAGAAGUCUCACAAAGACUUCUAAAUGAGAUUCUUUCCGGUGAAGACCAGGAAGUCGUCCUCAACAAAGUCCACGACUACCUACAAGAGCUGGCAGAGAAAAUGAAGGACUUUUCGAUCCCUGUCCAAAAAUAUGUGAUCUACACGAAACUGUCCAAGAGACCAGAAGAAUACCCCAACAAGGAGAGCAUGCCCCCGGCACAAGUCGCCCUACGGGACAUUGCCCGUGGCAAGAAUGUGCGACCAAAUGACGUGAUCUCAUAUAUUGUGACAAGUGGGGAUGCGGAGACUUCAUCUUUACCCCCUGCCAAACGAUCCUAUAGUCCGCAAGAUGUGCUCAAACCCUCCUCGGGUCUCAAGCCGGACGUAGAGUUUUACCUCCUGAAGCAGAUUUUCCCUCCGAUUGAGCGUCUAUGUGCCCCGAUUCCUGGUACCGAUGCCGUUCGUCUCGCUGAAUGUCUGGGGCUUGAUGUUCGCAAGUAUCAGAUUAAUACUUCCAGCUCGAGCAACCAGCAAAACGCAGAGAUCUUCCCCUUAGAGUCUCAAAUUCCAGACUCUGUUCGCUUUUCGAACUCUGCUCGGCUGGCCUUGAAAUGCCGGUUUUGCAAAGAGCAAUCGGUGUUUGAAGGUCUGAUUAACUCGUCUCAAAUGUGCACUGCGCAUGGUAUCGUUUGCCCGAAUGAGAGCUGCCAAAAACCAUUCUCGGUCAUCACCAUUAUCGCACAGCUUGAAAACCAGAUCCGUGAACAAACUGCUCGUUACUAUGAGGGCUGGCUUGUUUGUGACGAUUCAGCUUGCGGCAACCGUACACGCCAAAUCAGCGUCUAUGGUCACCGCUGUCUGGGACCACGAGGCCGUGCUGAGGGUUGUCUGGGCCGAAUGUCCUACGAGUACACCGAGAAACAGAUGUACAACCAGCUUCUAUACUUCGCUGGCCUCUGGGAUGUUGAUAAGGCUAAGGCUGCCGCAAGCAAAGAGAUGGGCGAGAAGAAAGACAGCAUUUCUGCUCUCGCCGAGUUCAAUCGGACGCGCUUUGGUACCAUCAAAGCGGUGGUAGAUAGUUAUUUGAAGAAGUGUGGUCGACAGUGGGUGGAAAUGGACACGCUCUUCCGCUUCAUGUUCCAACAAUAG